AUGGUGCUAAAUUUACUAACAAUCUCCUCAUCACCUUAAGGAAUUUAAAAUCCUAACCCUAUAGUCUAUGCUCACUGUACUCUCAAAGGCUUGCAAGCUGGUAUAUUUUUAGGUUCAGUAACAGGAGCUAUUGUAAAUCUAUACUAAAUGUAUUAUACUAAAGCUGAAAAGAAUUUUAAUUGGCUUAGAGUUGGGAAAUAUGCUAGAAAUAGCAUCAUCCCAUUUAUAUUUAUUAUUAAUAAGAUGUGUUAUGAUAGGCUUUCAACAUCUGAUCUCUAAAAAAAUCAGUCAAGAGCAUACAGAAUACAUAAAAAUUAAGGAUAAAACUUAGUAGAUGAUCUAUCUUUAGGAGGAUUUUUUGGGGGUGCUGCUUUUGGUGCCAUUUAAGGAUAAAAAUCUUUGAGUUAUUUACUUAUUACAGCUUCAUUAGGAGCACUAUCAGGAUUAAUGUUAGAUUUUGGAAUAGUAUUUGGCAAAACUAUUUCAAACAGGCAUUGA